UGCAGGGACGACUGCUACGAGCUGCUGAGCCAGUGCGUGGACUGGGGGCGUGCGCGGGCGAUGCCGGGCAGCGGGGGCCUGUCGGCGGCCGCCGUGUGCGCGCAGCUGUCGCCCGACAACCCGUCCACGCCCUGCGUCGCCCUGCAGCCCUACCUGGCGCCCAGCGACCGGCGCUACUGGCCGCCGCAGGACGCGCUGCUGGCGCCGUGCCGCGGCGAGCCGUGCAACGGGUCGCAGGCCUGCCUCGUCAACCGCAACUGCGCGCCCGGCCGGCCCUGCCUGCCCUACGCCUGCGCGCCGGGGUGCCGGCUGGGCGAGGUGUCGCAGUACGUGGUGCCGCAGGGCACGUACGUGCGCCUGCUGCAGGGCUCGGGGGCCAAGGACUGCCCCAAGGUGUGCCAGUGCGGCGCCAGCGGCGGCCUCGAGCGCUGCCAGCCGCUCUCCUGCGUCUACUACGACCCCUGCCUGCUGUCCGAUCACCAGAAGAUAGCGCACAACGCGUGGUUCUACCUGGGCUGCAACAUCUGCACAUGCUACUCGGGUGAGGUAACGUGCAGCAAGCGGCAGUGCGAGGAGGGCGCGGAGGCGGCGCUCGAGGGCCAGGAGGUGGCGUUCGCGUCCCUGCCCUGCCGCUGCCCGCCCCACCACGUGCCCGUGUGCGGCCGCAACGGCAACACCUACCCCAGCUCCUGCCUCGCCAGCCGCGACCCGUGCGCCCAGGUGCAGUGCCCGCAGGGCCAGCGCUGCGUGCCCGCGCGCAAGACCUGCCUCUCGCUGCAGUACCGCUCCUGCCCGCAGCACCAGUGCGUGGACGUGUCCAGCCCGUGUAGCUCGCAGGCGCACGACCCCGUGUGCGACUCGGACGGCGAGGAGCACCCCAACCUGUGCUACCUGCUCCGGAAGGGCAAGGCGCUCGCCUACAGAGGGCCCUGCUUGGAGGGGUGCGAGCGCGCGGGCGUGGUGUGCGGCGCGGACGGCAACUCGUACGCGUCCGAGUGCGCGGCGUGGGCGGCGCGCGCGCCCGUGGACUACGCCGGCGCGUGUGUGGCCGUGGGCUUCGUGAGCGACGCGGCGCUGCCGCAGUGCGCGGCCGCGGGCUGCGCUGCCGCCGCCUGCCCCACCGACGCCGCGCCCCCGGUCGCGCGGCGCGGGCGCGGGCGACGGCGCGGGCGAGGCGAGGCGCCCUGCGAGGGGCUGACGCCGCCGGCGCCUUGCUGCCCGUCUGCGCCGGCGCCAUCCGCCUGCUCUCAGCCUACACAGCAGGUGGACCGCAUCCUGUACUCGCUCAAGGGCGGAGGGAUGAGCGCGCUCACGGUGCACGCGGUGCUGGCAGCGCUGGAGCGGCAGGUGCAGGUGGCGGAGUGCUCGGUGCGCGGCUACAUGACGGUGGAGCUGGACCUGAUCGCGCUGGUGGUGCCGGCGGGCCGCGGCGGCCGCCCGGCUUCCCCGCUGCAGCGCGAGGCGUGCGCCCGCGAGGCCGAGAAGUUGGCCAGCCUGGUGCAGCGCACCAGCCCGCGCGUGCUCAGCGAGCUCAGCCUCAGCGUGCUCACCACGGCCAGCGUGGCGCACGCGCCCGUCACCGCCGACGCCCCUGCGCUGCUCCGUCCCACGCUCGCGCUCGCCGCCAUCUUGUUCACGACGGCGAGGGCGUUAGCGUAGCGCAGUGCGGCGGAACGGUGCGGCAACUAGUGGAACAAGAUGUCUGACGUCGAGAUGUUGGCGCGGCUGGAGGGCGAUAGGUAAACUAAGGAUACAUGUGGCUGAGCAUGUCUCGUAAUGAUCAUCGCCUUGUCAUGUACUGGUGGAUCGAGAUGGCUGACGUCCAGACGGUGAAGCUGAAAGGUGCAAUAGCGGUUAAAAAUAUACGAGCCUCGGUAUCACGCCUCUUUAUCACAACCCUCGGCGGGAUCACAUCUACCUUUGCAAGAUUUUACGCUGGUUUUAUUUUCAUUUGUUCUUUUUCCGUUUUCUUUUGAGGGGCCCCGUGGCUGCCACCACCCGACAGCGUUUUCUUUUGUUCACGACGAUUUUGUGUCCUGGUCGUUGGCGUACCACACUGGCGGUACGGAACAAACUCGAGAACUACUUGACAAGGUGGCUGACAUCGUGACACUGGCACGGCUGGAGGGAGAAAGAACUAAAAAUACAUGACGCUGAGAAUCAGGCCUGGGAUCCGCCUAGUCGAAACCUUCAAUUGAUUGCUGCAAUAGCUUUUUUCUUCUUUUAAAUAUUUAUUUCGAGUGUUAAGCUUCAAGAGCGCUCCUCCUCUAUUGACACUACUUCAUCGAAUUCCAGAUGGCCGCUACAGAGCGACAUGACUUCACGCCCAACAGCUGCGCCCUGAAAAAUUUCUGACGAAUGAGGGCAACGCCACUCAGCUUGGUAAUUCCUGACGAUUGCUUUCCGAAAGUCUGUUUCAAAAGUUUUGUUGGCGAACGCGACAGUGCUGUAUCUGUGUGAAGAUGGGAUUGUUUUGGGGGAAAUGUAUGGGAAAAUAGAAAAAAAGGCAAAUGGCGCAGAUCAACAUUCGCUAUGCACUGUGGUCUCACGAAAAUCUCCAACAGCAUUUCUCUGUAGUAUUUUGGUUCAACAUUGUGCUUCUGGAAUAUUUUAAUAUUUCCGAAUAAUAUACGUAUAUUUUGGGUUUCUUAUGCAUGAAUACGUACUCGAAGAACUAAAUAUUUAGUGCAGACAACAGAAAACACGGGUCUCUGUCUCUUUCUCGCUGUAAGUCAGUAAUCUUAAAAACGACUAAUGCUAUUCAUUUUGUUCAUUGCUAAUGAUGAAAAGACAUUUUUGGAGAGUCCUUUUUCCUAAUUAUUAAAAUUGUAUUUAAUUACAUUAUUCAUCCGGGGUUAGGAAUAAUUUUGUUCCAGCCAACAUCAAUCUUCAAAACUUUAUUUCUUUGUAAGUACCAGUAUCAUAACUGCCCUCGUCCACGUAGCUUCAUGAACUAGGACAGAAGGAGAUUGAAAUGUAUGCAGAGAAUGGGGAAAGCGCUUUCAUCCAUGAGUGGACUGAAGUAACAGAAAACGAUAUUGUAAACAAAACAGUGGAGUAGUUUGCAGAACUUGACUAACUGUGUUGUGUUUGGAGGAAGUAGUCCUAGUUGGCAUUGAUCUGCUGCCUGCCAUUGUCCAGGUGCAUAUAUCCUGUACCCAACAGGAAAUAUUACUCUUUUCAAGGUGCUAAAUCGUCCCUACUUUUAUGGGACACAAUGGUCUGGGAUAGUUUGUCCCACAGUUCAUAUUUAAAAAUGUACUCGGAUCUAGCUCAUAAUUAAAUUGCAUGUUUUACUUCAUUAACUAUCUUUUUGGCCUAUAGCCUGUGCAGUCAGGUAAAGAUUGUAGCUCAAACAAUUAGAAUGUAGAUAUGGAAAUGUAGGUGUGUGAAGACCAGUGUUAAAUACUAUUUGAAUGAAUGUGUGAUUUGGAGAUCUUUGUUGGUGCUGGUGAAGGAUUCAGUUGAUUGUUGUGAGUUGUGAAAUAAUUGUGUUGUAUAUUGGUGAAAGAUUUAACAACAUUCGCCUGUAAUGAAGGUGUGCAAAUGUAAUGUUUAGAUUCCUAAUGUUUGCUUAACAAGCAGUCAGGUCUUUGACCCUAGCACAUUGCCCUUAAUAAUGAACUUCAAUUUCUCCAAAAGACAGAAGACUUGGAACUUAUUUUAAUGGUAAGAAGUUAAUACCAUAAGAAUUUAUUUACUUAAUGUCUGAAAAAAUCAAGUUUGUGAUUGUAACUUCUCUAAAAUUUUGUUUCAUCUCAUGGAGAUUUUUAUAUAUUUUUUAAACUUUUUGUUUGUUUUAAAGCGAAUCUUCAUCUUUCAUGAAGAUAAUGUUAAAUAGGAGACAGUUCUUUCAAAUUCUCUUCAUUACCAUCUUUGUGGUUAAGCCUAUUACACAUACUCAAAGAGAAGAUAUAGCCAUUAUCCACAUUAGUCAAACCGAAACAUGAUAAAAUUGAACAAAUGGGAAUCUGAUAUUCGUUUUGCACACCUCUUAUAUGAUUAUUUGUGCCAUUACCUGUUGUGCCUGAUAUGAGAUUAGUGUUUUUACUGUGUGAUGAGUAUGUUGCAUAUCUUUCCCAAUGGGGUGCUGGAACAGCGUUAAUGAACAUUCCAGUAUAAAGAUACUCAAUGGUGCCAAAUUCAAGUAUCGUAGGUGGACCCUCAUUAAUAAGUCACUCCAAAGGAGUCUGUAUGUACUGAUGAACAGUAUGUUUAAUAUUUGGGAAGAUAAGUAUAAAAAGAGAAGUGAGUCAAAAAGGAACACGAGAGAAGUUACCUCUUAAUUAUUGUGUUGUACAUGUGUGUUGUGUAGUUAUAAACACCUAGUUUACUUUAAAUUAACUUUGUUGCUACCAAAUGUUUGAAACCAAAUGGAAACUCAUUUUUUAUCAUGGUUUUUAUCUUUCAUAAGAUGGUAAUGAAAGAUAUUACAGCCAGUUAUACCAAAAAGUAGGAAUAUGGGAAUCACAUUAAUUCAUUUAAUGAAUUAUGGUUAACAAAUGCGAUUCUGAAUAUCCUUUUACUUCUUGAGUAUACAGUGUCAAUUCUUUAAUUGCCUAAUAUCAAUCUCUAAAACCUUGGCUAUGAAUAGCUGAAUGUUUUUAUAUAAUAAUUUCUGUUUUGAGAAGCUUUGAAUAUUCAUAUGGAAACAAUGGUCUUUUUAUACAUGGUGAACCAAACAUUGCUUUGUUUUGGUCAUGAUGCAUACAGCCAAUUACCUAGCAAUGUAAAUUAUUUUACUUUUUAACUCUUAAGAGAUUGGUUUUACAUAAAUCUAAAGGGUGAAAAUCAUGAACCAAGUCACUUACAAUACAAAAAAUGAGCUUUCGUAAAAUGAUUGUUAUUGUUACUACCUUGUUAAAAAUGAAUUUAUUUCUUCAAAUGGGCACUUUGUUUCUGCAAUGCAAAAUUCCUGAUAAGAGUUUCAUUUAUUUGCAUGAUUUGGCCUAACAGAGAUAUUUGACAAAAUGUCACUAUUUACAAUAUUAGCUGCUCAAAGAUUUUAAUUAUAAGAAGAAUUUGAACUGUAAAACUAGUUUUCCUUCAUACCAAAUAAAUGACGAUGAAUGCAAUCGUGUGAAGUAGUGACACAAGAGUGUUCAUUCACUCAAACAUCUUAGUUUUAUAUAUUUAUGAAAGGUGAUGUAAGUUUUCCUGGUAGAUUCAAUUAUUCAUUAAUAAUGUAUAGAGAGUUAAUUCAAUUGAAAAUAACUUGAAGAAUAAUUUAUAAAACUUAAUGUCUCAAUCUUGCCUUCAAUUUUCUUUUCCUCUGACAAUGCCAAUUGGCUAUUUUGUUAAUAACAAGCUUUUACAAAUGGUAUUAUAAUAUUUAAUGGCUUAAAAUACAUAUUAACUCUCCAUUUUUUAUUUUGAAGGGUUUUUUCUCAACUCUUACUAAAGAAUUUUGGUUUUAAAUUUAAAACAUCAGCAGGUUGUUAUGAUAAUAAUUCGAGAAGAUUAAGAAGAUUUUAAAAUUAUUUUCACAUUAACUCUGUGAAAACUUCUGACAUACUAUUUUAAUGUACUGUCUCAGCUUUUUACUCCAUUAUUACUUUUAACAGCAUUUUGAUUUUCAUUUUUAUUACAUUAGUGUCCAUGUACAUUUUUUAAAACACAAGAUUGUCCCAUUUUCCGCGAUCAGCCUCAUUAUCCCAUAAAACUAUCAGGACAACAUUAUGUUCUACAUUUUGCUUAAUUCCCCCCCCUCUUGGGUUCAGUAACUAAAAAAACACGAAGUACUUCAGUUCAUGUGAAAACCUUCAAUAUGCAACUGUACACUGCACUUCAUGGAGACCUAGGGACAUCUUAACACUCCGAACUUUCUGUAGUAAAAAUUAUUCAUUAUUUUCUUCUGUAUACAUGUUGACAAUGGUGCAUUUGGAAAACAUUUCUGUAUUCAAAAUGAAAGUUGACAAAAUUAUCUGAAGCUGUUUGUAUCUAUUUUUUGUUUUUAUUUGCAGUAGCUUUCAUGUUAUUUGUUUAAGGGAAUCAACAUUUUAAAAAAAAAAUGCUAGGUAUAUUGUGUUGUUUGACAAAUAUUGCAUUCUAGCACCUCAGCCAUUUGUUUUACAUCAGUAUUCCUGUUGUGGGAAUUAAAUUUCUUUCAAAAUGAGUUGCUGAUUGCUAAUUGAUCUUCAAAUGAUCAAAAGUUACAGAAAUUGAUGUGUUUAGACAGCUUUUAUUUUGUUUUACAUGCCUUGAUUAGAAAAGCGUAGUUUUGGGAGAAUAACAAAACUUGUUCCUUUAUUUCACACUCAAACAACAGAAAAAUAUUGGUUACGUUCCAAGGACAUGACCCCCAUCAAUCAAAGUUAAAAUAAAAACUUCAAGCAAAAGAGAAUAUCGUAUUCUCAUUUUUAUGGAACUGUCUGUCUAUUCCCACUAUUUUGUUUUGUUUUGAUUAUGUCUAAUGCCUUUUUAGAGGGAGAUUGCCUGCUCAAAAUGGCUAUAUUACAUCAAACAUUUUAAUGAAUUAUAUUUUAUUAUGAUUUGACAAUUUGUGUAAUUUUCAUUCAAAAUUCUCAAUAGAUGGAUUUAAUCUUCAAUAAAAACUAACCAUCUCUUAAAAAGACAUUGGAUAUAAUCAAAAUAAUAACCUUUUACUUGGGGAGUGACUUUUGUGAUAUCACCCUUUAGGAGAAAAAUUAAUGCCCCACAUUUUUGUUAACUAUACAUGAACCCUACGCUACACUUAUAAAAUAUACAAUUUCUCCCCUUGUGAUUAUAACUAUAACUUGAAUUUUCAGAUCUUUUCAUUCAUUUCUUAUAAAUUCAUCAUUCUUGCUCUGAAUUUCUUAACAAAGUAUUUGUCUUUAUGCAAAUUUUCUGAGAUCAAUGGAAAGACUGCAUUUUGAACCAAGAUUGGGACAGUAUGAACUGAUUAUUUUGUUCUUAAUGAAACCUCAUGAGUAAAAAUAUUUACGUGUACAAGAACAAUAGUGUAGAAAUCAUACUUGCUUUAUUCAUUAAAAUGUGUUACAUAUGUGAAUGAGGUUGAAUGUAUUGCAUAAUUAUAAAUUUGAAUGCAUGUAUGUAUAUAAGAAUAUCCAUAUGUAUGUAUGUAUGGUUUACAAAGAUGAUUAUUUCUAUUUUACAUGCCAUCACAGUAUGUCAUUAUAUUCAUUAGACAAUACAUUGGGUUUUUAUAAAUGUCAAAACACACUAUCUUUACUGAUUUAGAAGGAAGUGUAGACUACAGAAAAAUACCAUUGAGAUAAUUUUAAAAAGUAUUCACAAUACAUGGUUUUAUUCUCAAAUUUAGUUUCUUUAAUAUUUUUUAUCAUAAUGAUUUGUGUCUGUUUUUUUAACAACACUUUGUUAUUUCCUGAUUUUAAGAAUAAGUGUGUGUUCAUAAUGUAUUUUCCAGUUGACAUGUUACAGUCUUACAAUUAAUAUUAAUCAUGAAAAUUCAUCAAAAAUCUUUACUCAAUUUAAUUUUGUAUGAGCAUUUCCAAGGUAGGUAAUUUUUUAAACUCUUAUUUAUGUUUUCUGACAAACAUUAAUGCUUGAGCAAAACUAAAUGAUAUUUUUCUUUUUUGAAUUUGCUUUAUAAAGGUAAACUUUACAGAAACUGAAAAUACAAAAUCAAUUUUUUCUUGUUUGAAUAAAACAGAUAAACCAAAACAAUGUUAUUGGUUGUUAAGGGAGUAUUAUACUACAUUCUUGAUUUCCUUUAGGUGAGCAGUUGCCAACCUUUCAGUAAUUAUGAAUCACUAUGUUCAUAAUUUUAAAUCCAACAAAACUUCAAAACAAAAUGUUUAAAAAGACGAAUUGAAAAUAUCAAUAUUAUAAUUAAAUUUUUCCUACAAAUUCACUAAUACUUCUAAUUACAGAUCAAUGAAUCGAAUGUUACCUACUUCUUGGGUAAGAUGUCUCUGUCACCUUUUUUUUGCUUUGAUUUUUAAUGAAAAAUAAUGUACCUUUUUAUUUGCAAGACCCAACAAUUGCAUUAAACAUGCAUAUUACCGUCAUGUCAACUGUGAUAUUCAGUAAUGUAGCCUAUGAAAAGAAUUGUAGUAGUACAGUCAUUGAAAUGCCAUACCAAAGAUGUAAAUAAAAUGCCUUAAUAUGUACAAAUUGUAAAGCAAAUAUUAUAUAUUGUGAACAUAUAACCAAAUUAUGUAUCCUCAGUCUUGACAUUUACAGAAGUAUCUCAUUAACAGUUAACUAGUCCUGUCUCAAGUCAUUACACAUUUCUGUAAAUAAUAAUUUCUCUUUCAGUUUAUAACUGGUCCCUGAGUUAUAUGGUGCUUUCUAUAUGUUAAUUUUUGUAAUAUAUCUCUAUUGAAGUCAAGAGGUUAGAAUUGUCGUGACAACAUACAAUUCUGAUAGCUACAUAUAUGUUCAGAAAUGUAUGCUUAAUGGCAUUGCUUAUUGAAUUAGAUAUUUCAUAUUCUGCUGUCAAUGACUGUACUGUUUUUUAUUACAUUUAAAGUAAAGUCAAACAAAUAGGUAUAAUAAUAAGUGCAUUAUAACAUACAAAAAACAUUAUUUAUGGUGUGUUUCAUUUCAGUUAUAUAGUUGUUAUUCUGAUUGCAUGGUAGUUGGGGAGCAUAACACCUAUGUAACUUGGGGACUGUGAGAGUGCAUGGUGAUCAUGAUGUUGCAGUUAUUCAGUAUGUAUUCUGUAUGGUGUGGUUGUUAAAACUAAAAAAGGAAGAAAGAAAAAAAAAAAAUUAGUGGCUAAUCUUUGUGUCCAUGUGUGGUUGCAACGUAUUUUCUGCAAUAGCCAAAGAUGGAGACACUUUGAUAUAUACCAUGUGGUGUAGAGGUGAUUUGAAUGAUGUUACCUUUUAAUUUGUACUAUCAUGUGCUGUUUUUCACCAGAAGAUAUUUCAUUUGUAAAGGCCAGUUUGUUUAUAAAUAUUUAAUUAAUAACAGUUGUGUGUUUUGUAGUUCAGUGUUUUUUUCCUUUCCCAUGCAUUCUAUAAUUUCCACAGAUUCCUUGCCCAUUACUGGCCAAUUUUAUAUUAUUAGUUGUACCAAAAAUAUUGCAGGUUUUAUGAAAACUUGUCAUUACUCCAUUUAGUUUCUUUUCAAUUUCAUUGACUAUUGCUUUUGUUUCCCUAAAUUUAUUGUACAAGUUCUGUUUCUAAAUUUGUCAUAAAUUGUAGUUACACUGCUUAUUUUCUCUCUUCUCCUUAAAGGAGACCAUUUUUAUUCCUAAGGCUUCGGUUAUUAUUAGGGAAUGGAUUUUCAUGUAAAAACAUAUUUUUACAGGAACUAGUUACAGUAAAAUUUCCAUAUAUCAAAUCUGAAGGUUUCUUCAAUAAUAUUUGAGAGUAUAUAGAAACUUCAAUAUACAGAAAUUUUUCCAAUUGCUAUUACAACAAUUUUGGAAAAAUUGUGUAAAAUGGGAAAUUCAAACAUUUAAUAAUUAAUAAAUGUUUUAAUGAUUCAUUCCAGAUAUUUAUUAAUAGGAACAUAAAAUUAGUGUUGCUAUUUUUGGUAACAUUAAGGGAUUUUUAUUUUGACCUUUCUUCUUUAGCAUGUAACAGCAAACUGAAUUGGAAAACUAACAUUGUAAUGCAAGGUUAUUAUACAAACAGGCAUGUGAUUGACCUCCAGAUCACUUUGU